AUGGACAAGGAGACAAGGAUCCUUAUCGUCGGUGCCGGUUGUUUCGGCACGUCUACGGCUUAUCACCUCUCGCAGCGCGGGUAUACUUCCAUUCGCGUUCUCGACCGAUACCCGCCCCCUUCGUGCGAGGCAGCCUCGACCGAUAUCUCGAAGGUCAUCCGGAGCGACUAUAAUGAGCCGCUGUAUGCGCGCUUGGGACUGGAGUCGAUUGAGGCGUGGCGCACAUGGCCUAUGUUCCAGGGGCUCUAUCAUGUCCCGGGGUGGAUCUUGAGCGCAGCUAACUUGUCUGUUCCCUUUGUCGAAGGAUCGAUUGAGACCUGUACGCGCCUCGGGGUUAAAGGGCUUGAGCGGCUAACGGUCGACACGAUUCGCUCGCGGUAUCCUGUUGUCAAGGGUCUCCUGGAUGGAUGGAAUAUCAAUGUCUGGAAUCCAACUGCUGGCUGGGCUGCUGCCGACAAGGCCAUGGAGCGCAUGGCAAGAGCAGCCCAGGAUAAUGGUGUAGAAUACAUAUCGGGCGAGACAAGGGGCUAUGUGAGGAAAUUAGUCCUGGAGGAGAACGGAGAGUGCAAGGGGGUGCUCACAGCCGACGGAGUACGACACGAGGCAGAUAUCGUGGUCAUUGCGGCUGGAGCGUGGGCGCCAUCGUUGCUCGACCUGCAAGAGCAGUUGACGGCCAAAGGGCAUGGUGUUGCUCAUAUCCAGCUCACGCCGGAAGAAACCGAGCAUUAUUCGUCGAUGCCCAUCAUGGACAAUCUUGAGUUGGGCUACUAUUUCCCUCCACAGGCGGACGGCGUCUUCAAACUGGCCCAUAGUCAGUUUAUCACCAACCGCAAGACUGACUCGAAUUCGCAAAUCACCACCUCCAUUCCGCACACUUUUGUACAAACCCCGUCGGAUGGGCUGCCGCUAGAAAUUGAGGCAACCAUGCGUCGAAAUCUCCGCCGAGUCCUGCCGGAGUUGGCAGAUCGGCCGUUUUGCUACACACGCCUUUGCUGGGAUGCGGAUACCGCUGAUAGACACUUUCUAGUCACCCCGCAUCCGAACCAUCGUCGGCUAUUCUUGGCCACUGGGGGAUCGGCCCACGGAUUCAAGUUUCUUCCUGUGGUCGGAAAGUAUGUCGCCGACUUAUUGGAAGGAAAACUUGAGGCAGACAUCAUGCAGAAGUGGUGCUGGCGUGCAGGGCAGCAUGUCGAGUCAAGUAAUUUAGCUCAUAUGGACCCCGAGCUAGAGCUGUCAGACUUGACAGGCUGGAAGGGCCGACAAGACCGGGAGAGGAGUAGCAUGUCAAAGCUAUAG